AUUCAGGGACCCACGGAGGCCCUUGCUCCACUCAAUUGCUCUAUCUUACUUUCUCAUUACAUAUUAAACAAGACAAGAUGACACUGGGCCUUUUCAUUCACGCUAUUUUUAAAAAACCACAGAUUACUUUAAUUUAUUCUUGUCGAUUGUUUUUCAUUCAAUUAUUUUUUAUCAUCCUUUGGCGUGUUUUUCAGUUUUUCUUUUCCGCAUUUGGAUUUUGAUUCCUGCACUGACUGACGGAUGGCAAGCCCUGAUCCAAAAGAACCUUCUCGUGUUCAACAUCGUAGCAUUAUGAGCACCCAGGCGACUAAUUUUGCUCGUGGAAAGUAUCCUAGCAGACGGUGGUCAGUCGUCACUGUCACGGCGACCACGACCUACAGACCCAUGGCAACGCCUCCUUUCAUUGCUAGUUUUGCGAAUGAAGACUUGAUUAUGGACGCGCCAGGAUUUGCAUUUUCUACGCAACCGCGCCGUUUGACCGAAUCCACGAGUUCCCAAGCGUUACAGAGCCAGGCCGUGGUGUUGCCUUCGAUCACUGCGCACUCUAGUGACAGUGCCAUGGAGCAGCCCAACGAUACGAUGACUGUCCCGCCGCCCGUUGGAUCUAUCGUUGGUGGAUCCCUUGCUGGGUUAUCCUUACUGCUUGGUCUGAUUCUGCUGAUCCGUCAGCGGCAACGGCACCGACGAAAUGCGAAAAUUGAAUCUGGCUCGUUGAACGGUCAUGAUCAGGGCAGUUGGACCAGUUUGAAUUCAGGAACCGACAGUUUGACCUCUUCACCACCAGCACUCCCGACCAAAAAGUCCAGACGCUUGACCGCAGAUGAUAUACUGAACGAUUCAGCAAAAACCUCGGAGAAACCCAAAAGGAUGUCCCUGGAUACUACCAUGUCGUUGUCGGAAAAGGAAGUACAAACAGACGAAAGUGAGCAGCCCUCGAAUGAACCUUCCUCGCCCAAUUCUCACCAUAUUCAACCGUACAAGGCGCAACUGGCCAUGAACACUUCAUCCAACGCCAUAGAUAGUGGUUUGAUUGAACCUCUCUGCGUUUACGAUUCCAUGCUUAGUAUUGCUGAUAAAAUCCAGCCAAGUAUUAAUGAAGAAGACGAAGAAGAAGAAGAUGAGAAACCAGAGGAAAAUGAAGUACAAGAUACCAAUGCCCCAUCGGAUGACGACAGUAAUGAAGAAACCCUUGAAAAUCAUGGUGAAAAAGAAAAAUCUGAAAAAUCCAAUGACAAGGAAUUGAGAAAUGGUAAUGAAGAAGCUGGCUCUCUGGAUAAACAAAAUCAAAAAUCGAGACAAAAAGCUGGAAAGAAGGUUCAAUGGCAAGAUAUUGUGCAAGGGAAAUCCACAGAAGACGAGCAAGAAUCAUUGGAUUAUGAUCACGUUAGUCUCACAAUAACAGAAUGUUCCUGUCAGGACAGCAAUAAUUCAAGUCCGAUUACUCUCAAAGCCCAGAAGCAAAAGAGUGAUGCAUCCAAGGAAGAAGUCUAA